AUGAGAAGCCCAAUCCCUGAGAGCCGGAAGCCCAGACCACCAUUCAAAAACUCAGUUUGGAUCAAACCCAACAGCCCAGGUGCCGCCCGCCUCCGCCACCACUCCUCCGACUCCCGCUACUCCCGUUUCGCCGCCUCCCUCGACUCCUCCGACCCCAUCGCCGCCGUCCUCUUCGCCCACGGCGACCGGGCCACCGAGCAGGACGCCAUUACCGUCCUCAACUCCGGCAACGCCGUCGGGCCUAGGUGGUUCCAGAACAACAUCAGGAACAACAAAGAGGUGAUUUUGUAUAAUGUGACGCUCAAAGCAUUGAGAAAUGAAAAUUGGGAUGGGCUAGAGGCCCUGUGGAAGGAGAUGAUGCAGAGGAGGGUUAAGCGGGACAACGUGACAUUUUUGACCGUUAUUAGCUGCGCCAGGUUCUUUAAUUUGCCGGAGAAAGCGGUGGACUGGUUCGAGAAGAUGCCUGAGUUCGAAUGCACCCCUGAUGAUAUCACCUACUUGGCGAUGAUCGAUGCUUAUGGCCGGCCGGGCAAGAUCGAGAAGGCUUUCUGUCUCUAUGAUCGUGCCUGCAAGGAAAGGUUACAUUCGCGACGGUAAUCAGAACUUAAUUCGGGGAAUUUCGAUGGUGCACUUAAUGUGUAUGAGGAAAUGAGGGUGCUUCGUGAAUGUGUUGAUGAAGCGGCCAAGAUUUUUGCAGAGAUGAAGGGAUUGCCUGAUGAAUGUAAGCCUGAUAGCUGGAGCUAUUCAGCUUUAAUUACUGCAUACUCUUGUAGCAGAAAUGUUUUGGAGGUAGAAGGCUUGUUACUUGAGAUGGUGGAAACUGCAUAUCAGCCAGAUAUCUUUGUGAUUGCUUCAAUCAUCCAGUGUUAUGGGAAAGCUAGACAGACUGGUGAUGUUGCGAGAACUUUUGACAAGCUAUUGAAAUUGGGCAUAACUCCGGAUGACUGGUUCUGUUGUUGUCUUCUGAAUGUGCUGACCCAGACCCCAACAGAAGAAUUAGUGAUUGAUUGUAUAGAGAGAGCUAAUGUCAAGUUGGGCUCCUUAGUGAAUCUGCUAGUGGAUGAAGGAGCUGGAAAUGGGGCAGUCAAACAGGAAGCUGAAGAGCUCUUUAGCAACGUUAGUAAUGAAGUGAAGAAGGCAUAUUGUAAUUGUUUGAUACAUCUCCAUGUAAACCGCAAUCAAUCCAAAAAAGCUUGUGUGCUCCUGGAUAUGGCACUUCAUCUUGAGAUAUAUACAGAUCUUCAAUCGAAAUCUCCCACGCAGUGGUCUUUACACUUGAAGAGUCUCUCACCUGGAGCAGCUUUGACUGCUUUCAGUGUCUGGAUGAACGAUUUGUCCAAGGCCUUAGAGAAUGGGAAGGGGUUGCCUCCACUACUGGGUAUUCAUACGGGGCAUGGGAAGCAUAAAUAUUCAGAGAAAGAGUUGGCAUCUAUGUUCGAGUCACAGUUGGGAGAAUUGAAUGUCCCAUUUCAUGAGGCACCAGAUAAGGCUGGAUGGUUUCUGACCACAAAAGUUGCUGCUAAGUCAUGGUUGGAGCCAAGGAAUUCAUCUGAGCAGUUGCUGCUUAGGUUGUGUCAUUGGGAAAAAGAAUUUUCCUGUAAGGAACAUUUUCCUCUAGGCAAAUGAUAUAUCAUUUUAUUUUUUUCGCACAUAUUCAGAGAUUCUUGUGCUUUAGAUGUUUUCUUUGGCAUACGUUGCGAGCUUACAGUCAAAUAUGAAUGUAUCUCUUGAUUCGUGUUCUUGUUU